CCCUGGUCCUGUCACAACAAGGAAUGCACAUGGCUCCUGUACAGAUACAGGUUUCUCCAAUCCAGGAUCCUCUGCUGAUAUCUUCUAUAUAAGAGAAUUCUCCUGGAUGACCCAUCAACCAUGGAGAGAGACAGGAACAAGAUGGCCGACAGGAUCAUAAACCUCACCCUACAGAUACUCUUCCGGCUUACUGGAGAGGAUUACACAGUAGUGAAAAAGUCCUCUAGUGGGCGCUGUCGGGCCCCUGUGUAUGAACGAUGGGGAAGAACCCUGAGCCCAAUCCUGGGGCCCCCACCUCACUCCCUGAUACAUGAGGAAAUGGAUGAACAGAAGAUCCGAGAACUCAUCAACAAGAUGAUGGAGCUGCUGACUGGAGAGGUUCCUAUAAGGUGUCAGGACGUGGCGGUCUAUUUCUCCAUGGAGGAGUGGGAGUAUGUAGAAGGACACAAGGAUCAGUACAAGGAUCAGGUCAUGAUGGAGGAUCAGCAGCCCCUCACAUCACCAGUCAGAUCCAGUAAGAGAACAGCACCAGAGAGGUGUCCCCGUCCUUGUGAUGAGCAGUAUAAGGAGGACAUUCCUACAGGGAAAGAUCUGAAUUAUAUUAAUGCUACAGACAUAAGAGAAGAAGAAGAAGAAGAAGAGACAGGUGUGAGCAGUGAUGAGCAGUAUAAGGAGGACAUUCCUACAGGGAAAGAUCUGAACUAUAUUAAUGAUUUAAACAUAAUAGUAAAAGAAGAAGAAGAGACAGAUGUGAGCAGUGAUGAGCAGUAUAAAGAGGACAUUCCUACAGGUAACCACCCAGAUGACUGUACCGGGGGCCCACGGGAACAUCUGAUAUAUUCAGAUUAUAAAGCAGAGGAUUGUGGGAUCACACAAGAUACAUAUGAAGAACAUUCCAUUAUCCCAGAUACACCCUCAGCCCUUCACAGCCAAGAUCUGUCAUCUCAUCCUUAUAUACAGGUCCUGUCUUCUCAGUCAUCACAGACUAAUAGACAUUAUAAAAGUCACAGAAGAGAUUGUGCAAGGGAGAAGCAAUAUUCUUGUCCAGAAUGUGGUAAAUGUUUUACUUUAAAAUCUUAUCUUGUUAUACAUAGAAAAACUCACACAGGGGAGAAGCCGUUUCCAUGUUCAGAAUGUGGGAAAUGUUUUACCCAAAAAUCAACUCUUGUUCAGCAUCAGAGAACUCACACAGGAGAGAAGCCAUUUUCAUGUUCAGCAUGUGGGAAAUGUUUUACUUUAAGAUCCUAUUUUGUUAUACAUCAGAGAACUCACACAGGAGAGAAGCCGUUUUCGUGUGCAGAAUGUGGGAAAUGUUUUGCCCAGAAAUCAAAUCUUGUUGAACAUCAAAGAACUCACACAGGGGCGAAGCCAUUUGCGUGCCCAGACUGCGGGAAAUGUUAUACUCGGAAAUCAAUUCUCAGUGAACAUCAGAGAAUUCACACGGGGGAGAAACCAUUUCAAUGUCUCGUAUGCGGAAAAUGUUUUACUCACAAAUUUUAUCUUCUUGGGCAUCAAAGAACCCACACAGGGGAGAAGCCAUUUUCAUGUUCGGAAUGUGGUAAAUGUUUUACUCAGAAAUCAACUCUUGUUCAGCAUCAGAGAAUUCACACAAGGGACAAGCCAUUUUCAUGUUCAGAAUGUGGGAAAUGUUUUAGCCGCAAAUUAGAUUUUUUAAGUCAUCAAAGUACUCACACAGAGAAGUAGGCUUUUUAAUUUUUUUUUAUUAAUUGACAGUUUGUUCAAGACAAAAAUCUACAAAGUAAAGUGACAUAAAAAAGGGAAGGUGACUUAGAACAAUACAUGAUGAAUAAAAU